CUUCUUCACGCGGCAAUACCUUUCCUCCAAUCCAAUCCAAUCCAAUCCUCUCUCUCUCUUCAACUCACUCACCAUAUUUAUCCCACUUUGGUCUUUCCCACCCGUGGCUCGCUGCUGCUAACUCAGUAACUCACUAUACCUUCAUACUCACUAGUCUACUCUUUCUAAUUCUUCGCCGACACUCGAUUAGAUUAGAUGAGCGUCUCCGGCGGCGUAGGAUCGCCGCCCAAGGGCGUGGCCGAGCCGCUGUACGCAGCUGAGAGGAUUUCGGUGUGGUGGGACAUAGAGAACUGCCAGGUGCCCAGGGGCUCCGACCCGCACGCUAUUGCACAGAACAUAAGCUCCGCGCUGGUGGCGAUGAACUACUGUGGGCCUGUCUCCAUCUCCGCCUAUGGCGACACCACCAAGAUCUCUCCUUCAAUUCAGCAGGCCCUUAAUAGCACUGGCAUCGCCCUCAACCACGUCCCAGCAGGUGUUAAAGAUGCCAGUGAUAAGAAGAUUCUGGUGGACAUGCUAUUUUGGGCAGUGGACAAUCCUGCUCCUGCUAAUUAUUUGUUGAUAUCUGGUGAUCGAGAUUUUUCAAAUGCUCUCCAUCAGUUGCGAAUGCGUAGAUAUAAUAUUCUUCUAGCACAACCUCAAAAAGCAUCAGCAGCACUUGUUGCUGCAGCAAAGAAUGUAUGGCUCUGGACAAGUCUUUCAUCAGGAGGUCCACCUCUUACUAACAUCGAAUCGAAGCAGUUUGUCACUAACAGCAUUGGAAAUGUUUCGAAUUGUGAGACAUUAGCUAUGCCCAUCAGCAUUUCCAACCAAUCUGCGGAUCCGUUCCAUGAAAGUCUCUAUGCAGUGAAUCAGAAGUUUGGGAAUCUUGGAAGGGGUCCAGAUACUAAAUUUAAGAGCAAACAAAUUCGGAGAACUGUGACUCUACCCAGUUUGCCAAGAACUUCAAGUCCAGUGGUGGGAGCUCAAGAAGACCAUAUUAAUGUGAACUUUAAUCAGCAAGGACAAGGGUACCCUACUCAUUUUAAUGAUUCUCAAAAUUUAUCUGCUCCUCAUAAUACAGGAAUUCCUUUCACAGGACCUGGAACUUCUCCAAAUAUCAUUUAUCCUGGAUCUUCUUGGGUGAAUCCUAGUAACCCUUUUAACCCUUAUCAAAAUUGCCUAACAAUGCCAAUGAGGCCAAACACACCCCCGCCACCACUACCAAGUAAUGGAGGAGAGGUGAGGCCAACUCCCAAUAUUAAUUCUUCUCACCAUCUAAACUUGAAUGGCCCCCCGAAAGUAUAUAAACCUCAGAAGAAACAGUCAUUUUACAGUGAGAAAGAAGCAAACAGGUAUCCACUCUCUGGGCAAGAGAUUUUGCCACCGCCUUCCACUGCAAUUGGCAGUAGUAAUGUAUCUGUUAAUGGUGCGUGGGGAGGUUCCACAAACCCUUCCGAUUAUGUGCUAAGCCUUAUGGGGGUUAUCAUACUUGCCUUGGAUACGUUAAAGAAUGAGAAGAUUAUGCCAACUGAGGCGAACAUUGCUGAUUGUAUUCAUUAUGGAGAUCCAAGUUAUCGUGAUACUGAUGUUAAGAAGGCUCUCGAGAGUGCAGUUGAACAUCAGAUGGUAGUAAUGCAAAACUUAGGUGCUUUACAAUUAUAUGUGCGUAAGAAUGAGAGAUUGUGGAAGUGUGUCAAUCCACUUGGUGAAAAUCAAAAGGAGUAUCCAACAGAAAUCUGGGAUGAAAUCCAGAAAUUUCUAUCGUCUUCUGCUGGACAGUCUGCCUUGUUGGCUACUCAUUGCAGGUAUGAAGCAGCCACUGUUAUAAAGAAGAUGAGUUUAAAAGAGCUAUCUCUUGGUGAAAUACUUCAGAUCUUGCACAUGAUUAUCAAUAUGAAGAAAUGGAUCGCACAUCAUCCAUCGGGAUGGCAACCAGUUAAGAUUGCUGUUGCAGAGACUAACCCAACCCUAAUCCAGGGAAGUUAGCUGCAACAUCCCAAAAUCAGCUUGUUGAUAACUAGUUAUGGAAGGGAAGGGCCUUUAGGUACUCUAUGGCUUCCUAUCAUGAUGCUUACUAGCUGGAGCUUAAGUCGGUAAAAUUUUGGCCCUUCCAGUGAAAAGUGCAGUAAGUAGCUCUUUCAAAAUUUAAGUCAUAUAGAGUAGGUGCAUAAUGUUUUGGCUGUUCCUUUUUGUUAUUUUAUUUUUACCUCGGGGAAGUAUAAAGACGGUUUGGUCAGUGGCAAACCGGGCAAUCCACUGAGGUUGUUGUCUUGACCAUCAUCCCAUAGUAUUUGCGAGCAUCAAAUAUCUGGAAAUUACUACAAGGGAGUUGCCGUUGGAGAACUCAAAAAGAAUACGUUCUUCAAAAACAUGUUUGAGGAGGAAUCCUAAUUGACUUUGGUGGAGCUUAUAAAUCUCGAAGCCAUUCAUCUCAGAGGAGAUAAGUGGUUAUAGACAGUAAUACAAAUAUAUAUGUAUAUGUAUAUAUGUAUAUAUAUGUAUAUGCUUGUGGUCUUCUGUUGGAUCUAGGAAUGUCAGAGAAGCACGAACCCAAAUUAAAAUGUGUUUUGCAGUUUGUAUUUGAAUUAUUCUAAUUGAAGCAGAAGGUGGAAAAUCUCAGUACUUUGCUCAUUGGAGGACACAUUGACACAGCGAAAAGGAAAGAAAGUGAUGAAAUUAGUAUGUUAUCUUCUGGGAAGUUUGAGCAGAUUUGGACUGUUCUAUCUGUAUCACACAUUCAAGAUUUACAGUUUGAAAGAGAGUAGAGAGAAAUGACCACAGAAAUCUAAGAUUUACAGUGUGUUGGAGGUUGAGCAAUUACCCAAUAGAUGAAUCAAGUACAACAUUGAGCUUGGCAUACUAAGAAAGUAGAGAACCAUAUGGUGGUAGAUUGGUAGUAUCCUUUUGGAUUUAAAAGCUGUUUCCUUGUGAUGUUUAGAGAUGUAUUGUAGAUAUAUGCUGUAUGAACUGGUUUUAUGCUUGUAUCUUGUAACUUAAUAAUAAGUUUUCUAGUUUUCUGGGAUUAU